UGAUGUUUCACGAGAAAGUAUAAAUUAAUCAAGCAAUUAACUACUAAUCGCGCUCUUCUCCCUAUAAAUAAAUCCAUUUACUUCUUCUUCUUCAGUCUAUCGCCUCUUCCCUUAUAAAUAAACCCCUUUCACUUCUUCUUCAGUCUAUUCAAAACGCAGAGAAAAUCCAAAAAACGACACCGUUUAACAGCAAAGAUGCUUUCUUCAUCUCCAACUUCCUUCACUCAUCACUUCCUCUCCUCUUCUCCGCCUCUCUCCCCCAUAUCUCCUCCUCCCUCUCGCUCCACUCGCCUCCCACCUCCUCUCACCGCCUCCGCCUCUUGCUCCUACACCUACACAGACGCUCCGCCGAGACUUCACCGAUCGCCUCCGCCGGCGACGGCGACCGCCUCGCUAUACGAGAUUCUCGACGUUCAUCACGGCGCGACGAGUCAAGACAUCAAAUCGGCGUACCGGCGGUUAGCGAGGAUCUGCCAUCCCGACGCGGCGGGAAAUGAUCGGAGUAACUCUUCUUCUCCUUCGGCGGCGGCGGAUGAGUUCAUGAAGAUCCACGCGGCGUACUGUACGCUCUCCGAUCCUGAGAAACGGUCUGUUUACGAUCGGAGGAUGUUAAGGCGGAGGCGUCCGUUGACGGUUAGUACGUCAGGGAUGGGCGGUUACGUGGGAAGGAACUGGGAGACUGAUCAGUGUUGGUAGUGAGUUGACUCGGUGGAUGAGUUAGUUUGAAUUAAUUAAAAGAACGGUUUGUAAAUAUAGGACGCGGUAAAAUUUGGGUUUUUAACGGUGUAAUUAAUAGUAGUAUUAGUGUGCUAACAUACGCCUAAGAGCUAAACGUACGCUCUCUACGCGGGCGAUCAGCGCCGUUUGUUUCGUGUUACGUAGGAUCUACGUGUGUGUGUGUGUUUUUUUAACCUUGUGAAUCCUAUAAUAUUAUCAAUGGAAAAAAACAAAUAUCAUAAUUACUUUCCUUCUUUUGUAAAGCUAAUUUUUUUAACACUGACUAAUUAUGUACUAUAAACUAUGAGAAAUAUUAUAGACGAUUUUAUGGCGGAUUUAGAGAUUAGAACUAAUGUUUAGAUUAUGAUUUAUUUAAGAUUCUAUUGUAUACCCGUUUUCAGUGCAUAAUGUCUCACAAGUAACCCAAAAGAAAAAAACAAAUCUAAUUGUUACAGAAUAUGCUUGGAGCAGUUUCAUUUUCUAUCAA